AUGGCAGCAACUGAUAUGCAACGAAACGUUACUGAAAUGAACACUGAUCGUGGUGGAGCUUUCGAUUUCUCCAACUGUAUCAGGAAUAUGGCUAUGGUCAAGAUGGGAGCAAAUCCACCCAAGCUGCGAUCUACUGGUACAACCAUUGUUGCUGCGACAUAUCAAGGCGGGCUUGUGAUGGGCGCUGACUCUCGAGCAACUGCUGGUAACAUUAUUGCUGACAAACACUGCGAAAAAGUGCACUAUAUAACUGAUGCCAUCUAUGCUUGUGGAGCAGGAACUGCUGCUGAUCUUGAUCAGGUGUGCAAAAUGAUAUCAGGUGACUUGCGUCUUUUCGAAAUUCAAACCGGACGUAAAGCCCGUGUUAUUACUGCUUUACGUAGAGUUAAGCAGCACUUGUUCAAUUAUGGUGGACACGUUGGUGCUUAUUUGUUAAUUGGUGGUGUAGAUCCAACAGGGCCACAUCUCUAUGAAUGCUCAGCCAAUGGAACAACUAUGGCUAAGCCUUUUGCAGCUCAAGGCUCAGGUAGUUAUGCCGCUAUCACAAUACUUGAAAGAGAUUUCAAACCAAAUAUGACUGAGGAACAAGCAGUUGAGUUGGUUCAGAAAGCUCUCCAUGCUGGUAUGCAUGGCGAUAACGCUUCUGGUAACAGUUUGAAUUAUGUUGUGAUUACCAAAGAGAAAUCGGCCUUCACGGGACCUAUCGUUCCUGACUUCUGUAAGAAACCUGAACCUGUUGAUUUGGAUUACAAGUUCAAGAAAGGAAGCACCAAAGUGCUGAAACAGAAAACAAUCAAAUACGACAUUGUAGAGUCUAUGGAUAUGAGCAGCUAA